UGUUUUUAUCAGAUAAUGGGAGGCGGCACUCGAGGAAGUGUCAAUUUCAAGUGUUCUCCCACGGUUUCGUUAUCAGCCCACUCAUCGGGCGGAUUUUCCGAGCUCGAUUCCAGUAGCUCGUCGACUCCUACGAUGGACGGAAGGGACGUUUAUGGCAUCAUCGAAGACGGCCUGGUCGGCGAGGUGGAAAGCCUCAGCCCCAGCCUCCAGUUGGAUUUUCAGUUCGAAAGGCCAAGGCUGGUGAGGAGCUCGUCGAGGACGUCCAAAGGGUCCAGGACGUCGAGCAUUAGAUCUCGGAGCAGAAGUUCAACACGAAAGUUUAAAAGAAGAGCAGUUCUUAAAAAUGGUGAUUGUAACGUAACAAAGAUUCACAUUUCUAAAAGAAGAAGAAAAUAUCUCCAGGAUAUAUUUACAACGUUAGUGGAUGUAAAAUGGAGAUGGACUCUUUUAGUUUUUGCGUUGAGCUUCACUCUAUCUUGGCUUGUUUUUGCAUUGAUUUGGUGGUUGAUAGCCUAUACUCAUGGCGAUUUGGACCCGGAAAACUUGAAAGAAGACUCUAAUUGGUCACCAUGUGUCGUCAACAUCAAUAGUUUUGCGUCCUGCUUCUUGUUCAGUAUUGAAACUCAGCAUACAAUUGGCUACGGUUCUCGAUCGACAACCGAACAGUGUCCAGAAGCGAUUUUUGUCAUGUGCCUUCAGAGCAUUACCGGUGUAUUUAUACAGGCUUUCAUGGUUGGAAUUGUGUUUGCAAAAAUGGCCCGACCCAAGCAGAGGACGCAGACGCUCAUGUUCAGCAGGAAUGCCGUGGUGUGCAUGAGAGAUGGUAUUCUCUGUAUUAUGUUCAGGGUUGGAGACAUGAGAGAAAAAUCACAUCUGAUCGCUUCUUCAAUCAGAGCUCAGUUAAUCAAACCGUACACAACAAAGGAAGGAGAGGUUUUAUCACCGUUUUUGUUCGAUCUGAAGGUGAAAGCUGACAAUUAUGAGUCUGACAUCUUUCUGAUCUGGCCCAUGACAAUCGUUCAUGAGAUCGACAGCUCCAGCCCAUUGUACGAUAUCAGCGCCGCAGACAUGAUAAACGAACGGUUCGAGAUCAUUGUAAUACUCGAAGGGACGACUGAAAGCACUGGACAGACCACGCAAGCCAGGACGUCUUACGUCGCCUCCGAGAUCCUCUGGGGCCAUCGUUUCCAGCCUCCUGUCUCCUUCAACAGGCAGAAAGGAACUUACCAGGUCAACUUCUCACUAUUCCACAACACUUACGCAGUCGACACGCCUCUUUGCAGCGCUCGCGAUCUCGAUAUCUUCCUCGAACCUUCUUGAUGCAUCGGUCUGGUAAUCUUGUAAAUCAUCAUUACAUAUGUCCAUUAUUUGAGAUGGUCUAAUUUUUACAAUAAGUAGUAAGCUUUAUAGUAGUUUUAUCGUCGCCUUUAACUUUUUAGUUUUUUUUUUUUAAAUAUCCUGUCCUCCUGAAAUGCCUUAAUUUGAUAAUAGGCACACAAAUCAAUCAUUUUAAUUCAAUUUUGAAGGCAGGUGACAAAAUUCAACUUAAAUAUUUAAACAAACAGAAUAUAAAGCUGAAAAAUGUAGGCAAUAAUUGAUAAAUUGCCAAAGAAAAAUAUAAUUUGUUGGUAAUAUCUUAUAUAUUUUUCACAAAUUAAAACAAAAAAAAUUAUAAAGAAAAAAUCAAAUAAACUUAAAUAACUCAAAUAAACUUAAAUCCUUAACAAUUUUAAUGAAGAUUUGUGAAAUGGGAAAAUGCAUAAAUUAUAAUUUAUUUAAAUACAGCAUGGCAAGUUGUUUAAACUGUUAAGGAUAUAUUCUCAUUUUUGAUGUUAUAUCGCCAUUGAUGCCCAGAAAUUCUCUAAAUUUUUUUAUUUUGAUAUAACCAGCUCUAAAUAUUGUACUAAUUGGAUUUUAAAGUAUAACGAUAGCAAUUUUUACACAGGCCUUGAGUACAUCUCAAUAAUGGACAAGUGACUCGUGUGAUGCCACACAUUGUUUUACAUCACAACAAUAAAGAACAAAUUUUUUAAAUAAAAUUAAAUAAAAGGUCCAAGGAAAGAAAUGAACCUUCAGGGUUUCUCCGUUCAUUGGAAUAAUUGUGAUAAUACAUAAUAAAUUAAUUUACGUUUUCUCACUACUUGUAAGUUUACAUUGUACAGAAAAAUGUGUUGGUUUUUAUAGUCAGUAAUAUUGAAAAAAAAAAAAUCAAAUAAAAAAGUGUAUUUUAAUAUUUUGAUAAAAAAAGUGUAAUAAAGACAUUCGUCUUUUUUUUUUUUUUUAAUUGUAAUUUUAUGAGCAUGAAAAAAUUGUAAUAUCUUUGUAAAUGGUUUGUAUGAGAUGUUUAUUAUGAUAACCAACUCUUUUUUCCUUUUCUUUCUUUUUAAAUAAAAAGAGGGCGAUAAUCAUGUUCCUCAAUUAAACAUGUGGAAAAAGUCAUAUGUAAUUAAUAUGUGAUUGUUUUUAUGAUUAUAAUAAAAACAUGAUUUAAAACAAAAUGUAUAGACUGAAAAAAAAAUAAAAUAAACAAGUCUUUUUUACAUAUAACCUUUUAUUAUCAUGUAUAAACUGCAUUUGAUACCUGUUUACAUCGCUUCCUUAUGUAAUAAAAGUGCGACAAACUAACACACAAUUUAUUAUGUCCAUUAAAAUGUUUGUAUUAAUGUA